GAAGUCAUCAGCGGGCCGGCGAGAGGGAAGUGAAUGGGUCCUGCACGCAAAGCAGAAAAGCGCUGAAACUGCGGAGAUUUACUUUGGAGCAGUUGUAGCUCAGCGAGAAGGAGGGUGUGUGCGUUUGAUAGCUAGACCAAAGCGAACUAUUUAACUUAAAAACUGAUUUUGUGAUUGCUGUUUGUUGACCCUGUAGUGGCUUUUAAGUCAGCUGAUGAUCAGAUGAAGCCGAGACCCUCGGCAUAUUGGCGUUAUCUACACACCGGGACGCACGGCGCAUCUCUACUGAGAAAGACUUGGAGAGGGAGGGAAAGGUUAAUUUGGAACUCUGCAAAUGGAUUUAAUUCCUCAAACUUCUCGCAAGCCACGAUAAUGCUUCAUUAAUUAUUCUGUUUAUCUUUUUGACCUUCGCUGAUGUUUGAUUCUGCUUUCCUCCUGCGCGCAACGGAUGAAAAUCCAUCUUUUUUGUGUGUUUGUUUUUUCUUUAUGGGGGGGGGGGGAUGUUCUUUAUCACUACAAGGAUAACGGAUCCCUGAUUCAGCCUGGCUUUCUUGGCACAUAUGUGGACCUUAUCCAGGAUGUUACAGUCUAAGCGGCCCAGGCAUCAUUGGGCCACUGUACAUUACCAUCACCACAUAUCACCACAUUGCUGGGGGUCUUGCUGUGUCUAGGAAUUACCUGCACUCCCGCCUCUAGCUUCGUCUGGGGACAAAAAAACGGAAUCUUAUUAAUAAGUGUUUUGGCGAACAUUGACAUUGGCUUUACGAGUCUCACCUCCGGGCUACUAUGCAAUUACAACUCUCCUUUGUUUUGGUCAUCUUGCACUGCAUGGAUUACACUGGUUGUCAGCACAGCAGCUCCAGGCACCGGCAACAUAAACAGAUCUCUGGUGUGAGCUCAGGGUGCCAGCAGGGUGGCUGUCUGACCUGCUCUGACUACAAUGGCUGUCUCUCCUGCAAGCCGCGCUUCUUCAUGCAUUUGGAGAGGAUUGGGAUGAAGCAGAUCGGGGUGUGCAUGACUUCCUGUCCUCCGGGCUUUUAUGGCACACGCUCUCCUGAAAGAAACACCUGUACAAAGUGCAGGUCGGAGUGCGACUCCUGCUUCAACAAGAACUUCUGCACACGCUGCCGAACAGGAUUUUACCUUCACCUGGGCAAGUGCCAAGAGAACUGCCCUGAGGGCCUGGUCCGCAGUGACACACAGAGGGAGUGUGUUCCCAAGUGCCCUGCAGAGUGUGAGUUGUGUGUGAACAGUGACACAUGUACGCAGUGCCGGCAAGGCCUAUACCAGCUCAGUGGGAGGUGCCACCAUGUCUGUCCAGAGGACUACGAACCCAAUGAGAAACUCAUGGAGUGCACUCUGCAAGUGCACUGCGAGGUGGGCGAAUGGAGCGAGUGGAGCCCCUGCUCUAAGUCUGGUAGAACUUGUGGCUUUAAGCGGGGCCAGGAGACCCGCACAAGGCAGGUCCUGCAGCACCCAUCGCCCUUUGGCAAAUCCUGCCCUGACAUCUCCGAGAUCAGAGAAUGCCUGGUCAAGAGGAGGAGAUGUCCAGGACGGAAGAAGAAUGAUCGGAAUGAUCGGAGAGAAGGAAGGAGUCGCAACAACCGCAAAGACAAGGAGAACCAGGAGGGGAGGCGGGAGAGGAAGAGGGAAAGGGAAAGACAGAAGGAGAGAGGCACAGGUGAAGAUGCUGUUAACAGGAACAAAACAGAGCACAGGCACCGCAGAGGGCACGAGACAGAGCUAGUCUCACCUGUAGACAGCCCUAUCCAGUAGUGCUCGGGAGAGACAACACCUAAUGCCUCACCACCUUCCUUCUGUUAUCUUCCCAUCCUUCAUGCUCCAGAACUUUCCUACCCUCACCCUCUGUUAGCCCCUCACAAUCUCUCUCUGCAGGGGUGUUGCUGCUACCUAUAUGAUUUGAAUAUACUGUUUAUGCACAAGCAGGAUGGGGCGUAUUCAGCCAAAAGGCUCAGGCCGCUAUCGAUUUCAACUCUUUCACUUCAACCGCUGAGAAGGUCUCUUAUGAAAAGUCCAGGAGACACUGCUGAGACUGCUGUUGGGACUGCAGAACACUGAGAAUCGUCUGUGACUGUGUGGAGGACUGUCAGACGGACGUACUGAGAGACAAAGACGUUAAGUGCUUGUUGAAAUGGUUAUUUAAUAGGGCUCUGGUACAACAUUGUGCAUCUUGGAUUUUGAAUGUAGAUUUUCCAGCAUUAUGUAGAAGAAUUCUCAUUAUUGUUACUGUUCUUUAGAUCUCUUUAUUUGGUGCAGAUUUUGUAAAGAAAAAAAAUAAAAGUGAAUUUUUGCUCUUUCCAUCUUGUGACAGCUUCAUAAUCACUACAGCUGGGGGGAGACCUUGCAUUCUUGCAGUUUGCAAGAUUAUAAGAGGAUUCAGUGUAACAAAGCAUCGGGCAUGUCAGGCUAAAGGGGAACCCACAUGGCAUAAAUCAGAGGACAUAUGGUCAAGAACUUAAAAACGUGUGCCUGAGGGGAAAUGUUAAUUUUAUCCAGAAAAGUGAUUAAUCUUCCACUGGUUUUUUCUUUGUGUAAAUAGAUUCUAUGCUCUCAAUAAAGCUCCUUAACUAGGAACCAAAACACUUGUAUGUCAAAAUAAAACUAUAAUGGGUUUAUACCUGUGUCUGUUUUAAUCAUUUUUUGCCCUUUCACCAUCAUCUUGUGCAAUCCAAUCAAUCAUUUACUAAGCUCAAACCGAAAGUGAAACUCAGCAUAGCACGCCUUCAUUUGGCUUACAUCUGGUCGCAGUAAUAAGAAAUCAUGCCCUUGAAGUCUUGUUUUAGAUACAGAAAGUCCAGCUUUGCAUCGCUUAAGCUACUCUGGCAGAACAUACUUGAAUUUAUCCAAGAGCAUGAUUAAUUUGUGUACAUUUUUGAAUAAUCCAUAAACCAUUUUCCUCAAUUUAGA